AUGUCGAGAGACCUGAGGGAGCCGGAGGGAGGCGAUCCAAAGGGCCGUCAAAUCUUCUGUAGUUCCUAGUUAUCCAGGCCCAAACACUAACAAAUGUACAGAAGAGAUAAAGAUUUAAUGGAAGGGUCCAGAGUUACAAGAGCCGUCUGGGAGAAAAUAGGUGGUGUGGAUUGGUUUUUCUUGGGUAUUUCCAAUGUAUAUGAUAUUGUAAUAUCUGGUACAUUGGUUAUGGGUUGACCGUAACGAGUGAGGACUGGGUAGACCAACUCGUGACCAUAAACAGGAGGAGGUUUAUGAACCCAGAUUAACAGGAGUAGUGGAACCGGGUAAAAAAUGGUGGACACCAAACAAAAGAAAGGGCUGGACCAGUGAAGCGAGGGACAGGGAAGAAUAGUCGUACACCACUUUAUUCUUCCAAAUAACCUUGCCUAUACUGCGUAGUGGGGCCUAAUGAUCAGGGUCACACCGGUUUCUGUGUGGUAGUUCUUAAAACAACAUCUUAUGUUGAAACAAAGUAUACACACUUCACACACAUGGGUUAUGGGCUAACAAAAAGAAGGAGAGGGCACAUGUACCAUUCGUCAGAAUAUAGAAGUUGAAAAUGUUAUUCAUGUGGAGUUUGCAUCCUCAAUAUUACACUUUAUAGACACUCAACAGACAGGAGUGAAAUAUUAACAAAAUGGUGUUUUGACAUAAAAGCACCGGCGGAUGUCUUGAGGGUUUAUUGAAGAAAAGAAUUGUGUAUUAAUUAGAAUUCUGAACAAAUCUGGAAUAAAAAUUACACCCCAUGAGGCCACUAUGAGGGCGAUCGAUCUGGUCAUGUGCAGACUGCAGGAAGGAUACAGAUAAAAGAAGAAUAAUGAAAGUAUGAUAGAUGAAUUCGAAACAUGUCUCUGGUUGAGUGUGUUGAUGCAUGUACUGAAUGAUGAAUAAUGGAAACAAUAAAUGACUUUGCAGGUGACAUGGCUACCUUGUCACACGAACCUGCUGUGCGACUCUCUAUACUCCUCUGCGCCUCUCUCUAUCUCUCUAUAUCUCUCUCUCUACUCUAUCUCGCUCUAUCUCUCUCUCUCUCCUUCUCUUCUCUCUCUCUCUCUCCUCUCUCUCUCUCUCUCUAUCUCUCUCCUCUCCGUCUCUCUCUCUUCCUGUCUCUCAUGUGCGUCUCGGCACCCCAAUGGUGGAAAAAAAGCUCCCUCACGACGGACAGGACAGGGGGUCACUCACCACCUUCCGGAGGGACAACUUGAAAAGCCCCACCUCUUUAAGGGGGGGAUGACCAUGGGAUUAUGGGAAAAAGCUAAGAAUCCUUCUGACCCACCCUUACCCACCCCACCCCCACAAAAAUUUUUUUUUUUGUAAUGGUAUCCCACUGUGCUAUUAAGGUGAAUGACAAUGUGAAUAGUCGCUCUGGAAAGAGCGUCUGCUAAAUGAGAGUAAAUGUAAUGUUAAAAUGAUAACUCUUAUAAUCUCACCCGGCACAGCCAGAGGAGGACUCGCCAGCCCCUCAAGAGCCGGUUUCCUCUGGGUUACCCAGUACAGCCAGUAAGGACUGGUCACCCCUCAGAGCUCCUGGUUUCCUCUUGACCAGUACAGCCAGUCGAAUAAGAGGAGACUGGGUCAGCCCCUCAGGAGCCUGGUUCUAUGUUCUACCCAGUACAGCCAGUAGAGGACUGAGUACCCCUCAGAGCCUGGUUCCUCUGGGUUCUACCCAGUACAGCCAGUAGAGGAGCUGGAUCAACCGCUAUCACGAGACUGGUUGACUCUCUACACCAGUACAGCCAGUAGCGGACUGGUCAACCCCUCAGAGCUAGGUUCCCUCUCUACCAAGUACAAGCCAGAGUAGAGGACUGUUCACCUCAGAGCCUGUUCCUCUGGUCUCCCCCCAGUACAGCCAGUAGAGGACUGGUCACCCUAGAGCCCGGGUCCUCUGGUCUAACCCAGUACAGCCAGUAGAGGACUGGUCACCCCCCAGAGCCUGGUUCCUCUCUACCCAGUACAGCCAGUAGAGGACUGGUCACCCCUCAGAGCCUGGUUCCUCUCUACCCAGUACAGCCAGUAGAGGACUGGUCACCCCUCAGAGCCUGGUUUCCCCUCUACCCAGUACAGCCAGUAGAGGGACUGGUCACCCUCAGAGCCUGGUUCCUCUCUAGGGUUCUUCCUAGGUAAUGACGAAUGAUGAUGAGGAUUAUGGUGGUGGUGGUGGGUGUGGUGAUGGAUGGGUGGGUGGGUGGGCAGAUGGAUGGGUGGGUAGGCGGGGUGGAUGGGUGGGUAGGUGGGAUGGAUGGGUGGGUAGGUGGGAUGGAUGGGUGGGUAGGCGGGGAUGGAUGGAUGGGGUGGGCAGAUGGAUGGGGUGGGUAGACGGGAUGGAUGGAUGGGUGGGCCAGAUGGAUGGGUGGAUGGAUGGGUGGGGUGGGUAGGCGGGGAUGGGUGGGUAGGCGGGAUGGAUGGAUGGGUGGGCAGAUGGAUGGAUGGAUGGAUGGGUGGAGGAGGUCCUAUCAAGGUGGAGGAGGUCCUAUCAAGGUGGUUAGCAAGGUGGAGGAGAUCCCGGCAUUAUAUACCACUUACACCUAUCCAAUCUUGUCAGAUCUGCAUGAAGUGUCCUAGGCACUAAAGGCUAGGGGUUGAUUUGGUACCUGCCACCUGUGUGUCUGUUAGUUGACUAACACAGUGUUACCUGUCCCCAGGUGCCUGGGUCACAGCUACAGACCUGCCAGAGAUCCUGGGUAACCUGAGAGCCAACCUGCUCCGUAACACAAGAGGGCGCUGUAGGUACACUCCCCAAGCUGCAGCUCUGUCCUGGGGUCCUGACGUGGAACGGACUUACCCCAGAUCCGUCUAUCGCUAUGACUACGUGCUGGCGGCUGACGUGGUGUAUCACCAUGACUACCUGGAAGAGCUGCUGUUCACGAUGAGAUACUUCUGCCGUCCAGAUGAUUGAUUGGUUGGUUGAAUGGUUGAUUCAUUGAUUGAUUCAUUGAACAGUUUAAAAGGACAACAAAUCCCAGAGUAUAAUGCACGAAAGCAUUAAACAACGCUUAUUUCUAAUGUGGUCCUCAGGAACCACUCUGAUCUGGGCCAACACGGUCCGCCUCGAGACAGACCUGAGCUUCACAGAGGACUUCCAGAACACCUUCAACACCACACUGCUGGCUGAGAUGGGAGAGGUCAAGAUCUUUAAGGCCACGUGUCGACAAACAGAGGAGGAACCAGAGCUGGUCCGAGGAACACAACAGGAAGAGGAGGAGUUGGUGGAAAAGACCACAAUCAUAACAAGGAAGCUGAAGAAAAGCACAAAAACUUAAAAGGAGGAUGUUGCGACUUUCAGCUAAUUAAUAUUCCAGAUCAUUUACUGAUUCAUUACUGGAAUAAUGAUCUGAUUUAUUUGAUUAAUUUGGUUAUCCUAUCCAGAUUCAUCUGAGAGGGGCACCAUCAAGGGUUGGAUAUAGAGACCCUUGAAUUAUCCAUCAGUAGUUAUAAAUAACUGUUAUACUGUUAAUACUAUCAACAAUAUAAAUCAAUAUAAAAUAUCAAUUUAUAUCAACAAUAUUAAAUCAGUCAGUUACUAUAUUCUCAUUCUGAACAGUUAUUGAGCUCUGGAACCUCAAGAACCCAAAUCGCUCACAAAUAAACUCAAUGCCACAAACAAUUCAUUCAGGGUUUUAUUUACUAGACUAAAUAAGUUGGAAAAUGUGGUUGCCAGUGGAAUACAAUACCGUUACUGAGGUGAGAAGUUAAAUACGGGCAACAUGAAUAGGCUUUACUCAGGUAAAUACAACAACACAUUCACAGGACUUUUGAGAAUGACAUGAUUAUUUAAAGGGGCGCCGUUAAUAACAGAACUGUGAAUCUUGGCCUGGAAUGUGAUACUUAGGGGAUAUCUGUUUUCCACCAGCCACAACUAAGGAGCCUGGAAUCCACUCAUCGUUACAACAAGGUGAAGAGGUCUUAGUGAAGGAAGAGGAAGAGGAAGACCGUGAGUUGGAGGAGGGGAAGGAAAAGGACAGACAAAAAUAGUUCGUUUGAGGGAUGCAGAGACCAGGAACAGCAGGAUCCUACCUCUGAAUCUGAGCUCCAAGGCCAUGGUGAGCAUUCAACCCACUGUCAAAAUACAAGGUACAAAACACCAGGGACCUUGUUUUGUUUUGUCUAGCUACGUGAUUUGUGGUUUUCUUAUGUUUCUUGUUCAGAGGAGUCAGACAAUAAGGACUCAAAUGUCCCAGCAGCAAGAGAGACCAGUCUGGGUUGAGGAGUUUGUUGUGGAGAAAGACAGGUCAGAGGAGCAAGACAAGAGUUUGGAGAAGGAGGAGGAGGAGGUGGAAGAGGAGGGAAGUAGCCAAGGAUGUGAUGAGCAGACUCUGGAGCAUAGUGAUGAAGGAUAUUACAUUUACAUUUUAGUCAUUUAGCAGACGCUCUUAUCCAGAGCGACUUACAGUUAGUGAGUGCAUACAUUUACAUUUUUCAUACUGGCCCCCCGUGGGAAUCGAACCCACAACCCUGGCGUUGCAAACUAGCUAGCUGUGCCACUAGAGAUCCUGGUUCGAAUCCAGGCUCUGUUGUAGCCGGCCGCGACGGGGAGACCCAUGGGGCGGUGCACAAUUCGUCCAGGGUAGGGGAGGGAAUGGCCGGCAGGGAUGUAGCUCAGUUGGUAGAGCAUGGCGUUUGCAAUGCCAGGGUUGUGGGUUCAAUUCCCACGGGGGGCCAGUAUGUAAAUGUAUGCACUCACUAACUGUAAGUCGCUCUGGAUAAGAGUUUCUAUCUCCAUGACUACCUGGAGGAGCUGUUGGUUACCGUGCAAACACUUCUGUCGCCCAGGAACCACUCUGAUCUGGGAAGACCUGACCUUCACUCAAGACAUCCAGAAUGCCUUUAACACCCCCCUGCUGGCUGAGAUGGGAGAGGUUAAGAUCUUUAUGGCCACGUGCAGAGAAGAGACAGAGGAACACCUUCAACACCACCCUGAUGGCUGAGUAGGGAGAGGUUUAAGAUCUUCAUGCCCAUGGUGCAGAGAGACAGAGGAACACCUUCAACACCCCCCUGCUGGGCUGAGAUGGGAGAGGUUAAGAUCUUCAUGGCCACGUGCAGAGAGACAGAGGAACCACCCUCAACACCCCCCUGUGGCUGAGAUGGGGAGAGGUUAAGAUCUUUAUGGCCACGUGCAGAGAGACAGAGGAACUUCUUCAACACCACCCUGCUGGCUGAGAUGGGAGAGGUUAAGAUCUUUUGGCCACGUGCAGAGAGACAGAGGACACCUUCAACACCCCCCUGCUGGCUGAGAUGGGAGAGGUUAAGAUCUUCAUGGCCACGUGCAGAGAGACAGAGGAACACCUUCAACACCACCCUGCUGGCUGAGAUGGGAGAGGUUAAGAUCUUCAUGGCCACGUGCGCAGAGAGACAGAGAAACACCUUCAACACCACCCUGCUGGCUGAGAUGGGAGAGGGUUAA